AUGGAAGUCCGGCUCGCAAAUCUGCCACGGCAGUGGACCGAUAGCAUUCUGCGAAAUCAACUCCAACCGUACCUUGAUGAGCUGGCCAUCAAGGACUUUGCGGUUGAAAAGCAAAGGAACAGGCCGAUGGGGCACAUUACCUUCCUCCACCACUCCCAUGGUGUGAAAUUCCUUCAACAUCAUGGGGAGAAACCCAUAAAUGAGCUGUCUUUCCAACAAACCCAGCAGCAGAAGCAGCAGCAGCAGCGGAAGAAGCAGGGUGGCCGAAAAUAUCCGCCCGCAAAAGCACAACUCAAGCUCGUCGGACAGUCAAUCUACUGCCGGCUCAGUGACCGGAAACCCGACGAAUUUGCGCUCAAGUCAAUUCAACACGAAAUAGAGGCUCGAGCGAACAGCGUGCGUGAACCAGUUGAAACUCCAAAUAAAGCUUUUGAAGCCAGCAGAUUGAGCUUGAGCUGCGGCUACUACAGCUUCCGGGACACCAAACUGGUCUUCACGCCCGAAUGGUUGAGCUACGUGGGGUGGACUGUCAAGUUUACGAACCGAAGCCUGACUCUUUCAACCAACGGGGCUGAGACUCAAGCCCGUAUUCCGUUCCAGAGCAUAGUAGAGCUCGUGUGGUGGCACGAUGGGAAAGCCACCGUUACGUUGUCUUCGCCGCCCAUUUUCUUGGUCUGGGAUAAGGAUCAGCAGAAUCAUCGUCGGAAAGAAUCCCUCUCCGAACCCCAUAGGCAGAUAUCUCCCUACUGCCUCGUCUACCAGUUUCAGGUUCCCGUCUCAGUUACCAGACAAGGCCUCAACGAUUUUCAAAAAGAGAUGGGUCGGCUUGGGGACAAAGGAUUCUUUCCCGUGACACGAUUUGAGAUCGGGCACCAAAGUCGACCUGAUAUUCCGAUAGACCAAGGGGCCAGAAGCCUGCGCGACCAGCUCAACCAAUAUUCUCAAGUCAAAGCGCUGCCCUUUGACCUCCUGUUCCUUUUGCAAGCCUUAAUGACGAAUGGCUAUCUGCAUCCAAUGACCAUCUUGGCGCUGGCCGGGACCCUGGUGCGAUACUUUGCAGAGCAUCGCGACAAGGGGGACGGCGGCCAGCCACCCAUAUCCACCGACACGUUUCGAAAGCUGUUUGACUGGAUUGACUAUCCGACACCGUUUGGUGAUCCGUCCAUGUAUGAGGUCGACGGCAUUAUGGAGUAUCUGAAACAGAGUGAGGUAAAACUUCGCCAGAGCUCGGCACUCCGCGCCCAGCUCCUCGGAGCGACGCCAAACCGGGCGCGCAUCUUCCGGGCGGUCGUCACGCCGACGCGAGUUACUCUGCAUGGGCCGGAGCUAGAGCCCAUGAACCGAGUGCUCCGCAAGUUCCCGGAUCAUUCAUUCUUUGUCCGAGCCCAAUUUUGCGACGAGAACGGCCAAGACCUUUUUUUGAACGCCCGAGUUUCCCUUGAUGAAAUUUACGAGCGGUUCAAGUCCAUCUUGAUCACAGGCGUGCCGGUAGCCGGUCGAGUGUACAAACUCCUGGGCUUUUCCCACUCUUCGCUGCGGGCGCACUCGGCGUGGCUGUCUGCCCCAUUCUUCUUCCAGGGUCAGGUUCAGCUCCCGCAGCGCAUCAUUUCAGGCCUGGGCGACUUUAGCAAGAUCACGUCUCCGGCGCGCCGGGCAGCCCGUAUCGGCCAAGCAUUUUCGGAGACACCGUGGGCCGUCGACCUCAUUGAAUGUGGCAGCACAACCGUAUAUAUCCCAGACGUGGAACGGAACAACUACGUGUUUAGUGACGGCGUCGGGACCAUGUCCCUGGGUGCCGCAGCGGCCGCGUACGACAUCAUCCCGGAAUCCAAAGGCUUCCCGACCUGUUUUCAGAUUCGAUGGGCCGGUGCUAAAGGCAUGCUGUCCGUGGACCCGUCAUUGCCCGGUGUCCAAAUCUGCAUCCGGCCAUCCAUGGUCAAGUUUGAAAGCAACGAAACCCGGCAGCUCGAGAUUUGCGACACGGCCAAGCCAAUGCCCAUGGUGCUGAACCAGCAGAUCAUCAAAAUUCUCGAGGACAUGGGUGCGCCGAGCGACUGGUUCCUGCAGCUUCAAAGUGAAGAACUACGCCGACUCCGUGGGAUUGCUGCGACCGUGUACAAUACGUCCAGCUUUCUCCGGUCGCAGAAGAUUGGCGAGAGCAUCCAACUCUACAAAUUCCUUCGUCAGACGGAGGAUAUGGGCAUCGACUACCGCCGAGACAACUUCCUACGAGGGGCUGUCGAGGUUGUCCUGCUGCGAGAGCUCCGCCUUCUCAAAGCCAAGGCCCGGAUCCCCGUACGGAACGGCAUGACGCUGUUUGGCAUCAUGGACGAAACAGGAUUCCUAAAAGAAGGGGAGGUGUAUGUGACGUUUGACACUGAAGACGGCCGCCACCAAGCGCCUCCUGGCCCAGGCAAACUCCUCGUGGCGCGAUCCCCGGCUCUGCAUCCAGGGGACAUCCAACUCGCCGUCAACAGACUGCCGCCAAAGCACCACCCGCUUGCCCAACAGCGCAACUGUAUCAUAUUUAGCCAGAAAGGGGCCAGAGAUCUUCCCGGGCAGCUUAGCGGCGGUGACCUGGACGGCGAUGUCUUCCACAUACUCUGGGACCGAGAGGUAGUGGGUGCUGUAAAGACCUUUCCUCCCGCCGAAUACCCACGGGUCGGACCAGAGGUGAAGGAGCCGGAGCCCGGCGAUAUCGAGGCUUUCUUUGUAGACUUUAUGAGGACUGACCACCUCGGAGUAAUCGCCAACCGCCAUAAAAUUCUGGCGGACCAGAGAAAGGACGGCACACUGGAUGCAGACUGCAUCAAACUCGCCGGGUUACACUCUUCUGCCGUCGACUUCUCCAAGACUGGGCGGCCCGUCAAGAUGUCAGACUUGCCCAAGAACCCCGCAUGGCGGCCAGAUUUUCUCGCCUCCAGCCCUUCUAUCACGAUCCAUGACAAGUCGGAGAUCGAACUCGAUGAUCAUAUGGCCCCUCGGGAUGACGAUAACGAUGAUGACGAGGGACCACGCCAUAAGUUCUAUAGGUCGGAGAAGCUUCUCGGGCAGUUGUAUCGUAACGUCGACGAGCGAAAGAUCUGGGCCGAGGAUGUUAAGAUGGCCGGUUGGGACAAGGGGCCGUCGUUCUGGAGCCGCCUGCUCGAGGCCUUGGAUCAGCGAACGGCCAGGCUAGGCCGUGUUGUGAGGUGGAAGCACCGGCUAGAAGUCGCCCGUCAGCUUCUCCAUAUCUACGAGGACGUGAUCUACGGCGCGAUGAUCGACUUCGCCGACCAGCCACAUCAGCCACUGAGAGAGCUGGAGGUAUUCGUGGGGUUCAUCCUGAACGGGAGUGGUAUACAAUCAAACCGGCAACGGGACCGAUCGGUCAAGCUCAGGGACGAGUUUGAGCGCAUCUCGGCGUUGGUCACGCGGGAAAUGCGCCAUCCGGCCCCGAUCGCUGGGAGUGUAGUAGGGGAGCUCGAUGGUCUGGAGAUGUGCAUCGCAUGUUUGUUUGUUGGGUGCGACAAGAAGGAAGUAGACAGCCAGAAGUUUCGCAAUUCGCCGAAGAACAUUGAAAGCUUCAAGAUUGUGGCCGCCGCCGCCUUGAUGCGUGAGUUGACGGCGGCCGAGUCCAGGAGCCAGAUCGGACGGGGGUAUGGACUUGGCGGAGGGGGGUACGUGGGCGUCGGUGGUGUCAAACUUGCUGUGCACUCGAAAUCGUUCAAGAAGUGA